GGGAGAGAGCCUGGGCGCAAUCGCUCCCAGGAGCGGCCAAAGGGCGCGCGGGGAGAGGCCUUCGUUGGGGUACUUUCAAACUGAGGCGCGCACACACACUCACACCCACCCACCCAGACACACACGCGCGCGCGCGUACACACACACACACACACACACACACACACACACACACACACGCCCAUUUAUAUAGGCGGUGGCGGCGGCAGCAGCCGGGGCGGUGGUGGCGAGCGCAGGAAUGAUGGAGCUGAGCCAGCCGACCCGGGUUGGAAGCAAGUGAGCAGAGCCCAGGCGCACCCCAGGAUUUCUGUGACCCACGCUUGUCAUCCCCCCCCAGGAACGUGCACCCGGAGGAGGACCCGGUACACUGAUUUGCUAGAGGGAGGGCGGGGAAGAGGAGGACGCCAGGUGAACUGAGGAGACCCCUGCGUAUCCGGACUGCCCCAGCGCGCCUUUUGCCCGACUCCUGCCCCCUCUGCGCCCAGGUGGGCGCGCCCGGUUCCCAGCUUGCAAGGGGGCACUUUGAGGAGACCAGAAAGUCUCGGCCCGGCAGCGCGGGAUGCCUUUCGCCAAGCGGAUCGUGGAGCCGCAGUGGCUGUGCCGGCAGCGGCGCCCGCCGCCCGGCCCAGCGGAGGACGCGAACGGAGGCGGCACUGAACCGCCGCCGCCCCUGCAGCCGCCCAGCCAACGGGACAAGGCCCUGGAGCCGGGGCCGGAGGAGCCUCCCCGUGCGCCCCCUGCACCUUCCGGGCCGCCGCCGCCGCCGCCGUUGCCCGCUCCGACCGAUCAGGCGCAGCCACCACACGGAGAGCCACCCGCAGCGGCCGAGGAGAGCGCUGUGGGGGCCCCGGAGGCGGCGUCCGCGGCUGGCGAGGCGCCCUCGGCGGCCGCCGCGGCCGUGCUGCUCAUGCUGGACCUGUGCGCGGUCAGCAACGCCGCGCUGGCUCGAGUCCUCCGGCAGCUCUCGGACGUGGCCCGGCAUGCGUGCAGCCUGUUCCAGGAGCUCGAGAGCGACAUCCAGCUGACCCACCGCCGCGUCUGGGCCCUGCAGGGCAAGCUCGGCGGCGUGCAGCGCGUCCUCGGCACCCUGGACCCCAAGCAGGAGACAGUGCCUGUCUCCAACCUGGACAUUGAGAGUAAGCUGAGCGUGUACUACCGUGCACCGUGGCACCAGCAGAGAAACAUCUUCCUCCCGGCCACAAGGCCACCCUGUGUGGAGGAACUACACCGCCAUGCCCGGCAGAGCCUGCAAGCCCUGCGCAGAGAACAUCGGAGCCGGAAUGAUCGCCGGGAGCAGAGAACUGCUGUGCCCCUUUCUGUAACUGCUCCUCCAUUGCCAGCAUACCCCCCAGCUCACAGCCAGAGGAGGCGCGAAGUUAAGGAACGUCACUUCUUAACGUUUAACAGCACCCGUUCGCCCUCCCCCACUGAGUGUUGCCACAUGACCCCAUGGAGUAGAAAGUCCCAUCCCCCGGAGGAUGAAGAUACAGAUGUCAUGUUAGGACAAAGGCCGAAAAACCCAGUACACAAUAUCCCCUCCACACUGGACAAGCAGACCAACUGGAGCAAAGCACUACCUCUCCCGACACCAGAGGAGAAGAUGAAACAAGAUGCUCAAGUGAUUUCUUCUUGCAUUAUUCCCAUCAAUGUCACUGGAGUUGGUUUUGACAGAGAAGCUAGUAUACGCUGUUCUCUUGUUCAUUCACAAUCUGUACUACAGCGGAGACGAAAACUGAGGAGGAGGAAAACCAUCUCUGGUAUCCCUAGAAGAGUCCAACAAGAAAUAGACUCUGAUGAAUCACCGGUGGCCAGAGAAAGGAAUGUGAUUGUGCACACAAAUCCAGACCCUUCCAACACUGUCAAUAGGAGGUCUGGAACCAGGGACUCUGAGUGCCAAACUGAGGACAUUUUGAUUGCUGCUCCAUCCAGAAGGAGAAUCAGAGCUCAAAGGGGUCAAAGUAUUGCAGCUUCUCUUUCACAUUCGGCAGGCAACAUUUCUGCAUUGGCAGACAAAGGUGAUGCCAUGUUUACAACUGCAGUGAGUAGCCGCACAAGAUCUCGGAGCCUUCCCCGAGAGGGCAAUAGAGGUGGAGAUGGUGAGCCCAAAGUUGGUCUUAAACCCUCAGCAUAUGAAGAGGGAGAGCCUUUUGUGGGUGAUCAAGAAAGAAUCCCUAAUGAUUGCAGUGAGGCCCCCAGCAGCCCAAGUGCCCAGGAACACCAGCCUGCUUUGGAUCUGGCCUGUUCUCAACAUCUCCACAGUCCCCAGCACAAGUUAAGUGAGAGAGGGAGGUCACGUCUUUCCCGAAUGGCUGCUGACUCUGGAAGUUGUGACAUCUCCUCCAACUCAGACACCUUUGGGAGCCCCAUCCACUGCAUCUCCACGGCUGGUGUCCUCCUCAGCAGCCACAUGGACCAGAAAGACGAUCACCAGUCAUCCAGUGGCAACUGGAGUGGGAGCAGCUCCACAUGCCCCUCACAGACCUCAGAGACAAUCCCUCCUGCAGCUUCUCCCCCCCUCACUGGUUCUUCACACUGUGAUUCAGAGUUGUCACUAAACACAGCCCCUCAUGCUAAUGAGGAUGCCAGUGUCUUCGUGACAGAGCAGUACAAUGACCACUUGGAUAAAGUGAGAGGCCACCGGGCAAACUCCUUUACCUCCACUGUGGCAGAUCUCCUGGAUGACCCCAAUAAUAGCAACACAAGUGACAGUGAGUGGAAUUACCUACACCACCAUCAUGAUGCCUCCUGCCACCAUGAUUUUAGUCCUGAGCGCCCCAAGGCAGACAGCUUGGGCUGUCCAAGCUUCACAAGCAUGGCCACAUAUGACAGCUUUCUGGAAAAGUCUCCAUCAGACAAAGCUGACACUAGCUCUCACUUUUCAGUGGAUACAGAAGGAUACUACACCUCCAUGCACUUUGACUGUGGUCUCAAAGGUAGUAAGAAUUAUGUCUGCCACUAUGCAGCCCUGAGCCCAGAGAAUGGCCAGGGCAUUGGAGCUCCUCCUACUCUUCCAGACUGUGCCUGGCAGGACUACUUAGAUCACAGGAGGCAGGGGAGACCAAGCAUCUCUUUCAGGAAACCAAAGGCAAAGCCGACCCCACCUAAAAGGAGCUCAUCAUUGAGGAAAUUCGAUGGAAAUGCAGACAUUUCUGAAAAGAAAGAACCAAAGAUUAGCAGUGGCCAGCUCCUGCCUCACAGUUCCAGGGAAAUGAAGUUGCCUCUUGAUUUCUCCAACACGCCUUCUCAAAUGGAAAAUACCAAUAUUUCCACCAAGCAAGAACCUUCCUGGAUUAACCAGGAUGAACAUGGUAGUAAAGAACCUCAGUUAGACACUUCAGAUAUUCCACCAUUCAAAGAUGAAGGUGCUGAAUCAACUCACUAUGCAGACCUCUGGCUUCUAAAUGACUUGAAAACAAAUGAUCCCUACAGAUCUUUAUCUAAUUCAAGCACUGCUACGGGUACCACAGUUAUUGAAUGCAUCAAAUCUCCAGAGAGCUCUGAAUCCCAAACAUCCCAGUCAGAAUCAAGAGCCACGACUCCAUCCCUUCCUUCUGUUGACAAUGAGUUUAAACUGGCUUCACCAGAAAAGUUGGCUGGCUUGGCAUCUCCAUCAAGUGGCUACUCAAGCCAGUCUGAAACACCAACAUCCUCUUUCCCUACAGCUUUCUUUUCUGGUCCAUUGUCUCCUGGAGGCAGCAAAAGAAAACCGAAAGUCCCAGAAAGGAAAUCCUCACUACAGCAACCUUCUUUAAAAGAUGGAGCUCUAUCACUAAGUAAAGACCUUGAACUUCCAAUUAUACCUCCUACCCAUCUUGACCUAAGUGCUCUUCAUGUCUUGAAUAAACCAUUCCACCACCGUAACCCAUUGCAUGUUUUUAGUCAUAAUAAGCAGAAUACAGUAGGGGAAACACUGAGGUCAAAUCCUCCACCAUCCCUUGCAAUUACACCAACAGUCUUGAGAUCUGUUAACCUUAGGUCCAUCAGCAAGUCUGAAGAAAUUAAGCAAAAAGAAGGCAAUAAUAUGGAACACCCCUACUUAGAGCAAAGCACUCUCACAAUGGCUGCUCUAUCUCCAGGUAAGAUUAGGCCACAUACAGCUAAGAAAUCACUAUCACAUCAGUACUCCACUGAAGACACCAUAUUGUCCUUUUUUGACUCCUCUUCAGUUGAGAUGGGACCAGAUAAACUACAGUUAGGAAAAAAACAUGCUUUUGAUGUAAAGAAUCAUUGUGAUCCAGAAACAGUAACCUCAGCUGGUAGCAAUCUUCUAGAUUCAAGUGCCAUAAAAGACCAAAUACAUAUGGAGAGUGAGCCUAUUCCAGAAAAUACACCAAGUAAAAAUUGUGACUUUCCCAAAGAAGGAUUUCAAAGGGUCUCUGCUGCCCGCUCAAAUGAUUUGGAUGGUAAAAUACUACAAUAUGGAGCUGAUCCAGAUGGAAUCCUUGCACAGGUCCAGAAGGCAUCCUCUGUAGAGCAGGAGGAAGUUGUACAUCCUGAGUCCGUGGAUGUGCUUACAUCUCAAUCAAAUUCACCAACUAGAGCCACAGAUAUAAGCAAUCAACUUAAGCAUCAACUUGGGAUGAGCCGCUACCAUGACAAAGUGCCUGGGAAUAUCAGCUAUGAAGCAGAGCUAUCAACUGUAAAUUCAUGCCCUGAAAAAUGUUCAGAGCAGGAAAAUAUUGCUUCAGGUAUUUCAGCCAAAAGUGCCUCUGAUAACAGCGGAGCAGAGGAGACCCAAGGAAGUAUGGAUGAGGUUUCAUUGAAAGAAUCGUCACCAAGUGAUGACUCUAUGAUUUCACCACUUAAUGAAGACUCUCAGACUGAAGUGGAAGGUGUGUUUGUAUCUCCAAACAAACCUCGAACAACUGAGGAUUUAUUUGCAGUCAUUCACAGGUCUAAAAGGAAAGUACUUGGAAGAAAAGAUUCUGGGGACAUGUCUGUUCGAAGCAAAUCAAGAGCUUCCCUUAGCAGCAGUAGCAGUAGCAGCACUGGUUCCGUCACUUCACCCAACAGCAGUGUGACCACCGCCAACAGCCAGAGGUCUCCUGGCCUUAUCUACCGAAAUGCUAAGAAGUCCAACACAUCCAAUGAAGAGUUUAAGCUGUUACUCCUCAAGAAAGGCAGUCGUUCGGAUUCCAGUUAUCGCAUGUCUGCUACUGAGAUUCUGAAGAGUCCCAUCCUGCCUAAACCUCCUGGGGAGCUCACAGCCGAGUCUCCCCAAAGCACCCAUGAGGCCCAUCAGGGGACACUUGGGGCCGAGGCAUUGUCCCCACUCUCUCCAUGCUCCCCACGAGUUAAUUCAGAAGGAUUUUCCUCGAAGAACUUUGCCACCUCAGCAUCAGCAAGGGUUGGACGUUCUCGGGCUCCUCCUGUGGCUAGCAGCAGCCGCUACAGUGUCCGCUGCAGGCUGUACAAUGCGCCCAUGCAGGCCAUCUCUGAGGGGGAGACAGAAAAUUCCGAUGGGAGCCCACAUGAUGACCGAUCCUCUCAGAGCUCGACAUAGGUAGCCUGUGCCAGACUGGCUAUCAAAGGCCAAAACCCUUAGUCUAUGAGUAUGGGGUAAUAGAACAGAAAGCUAGGGAGAAGUCAGCAUGUCACAGGGUACCAUCACUUACUACCAAUGAAUUCCUAAAUAUUUGCUGGGGAAACAGAAGGUGGUUUAGUCUUUCUUGAUUAUUUUCCAUGUUUUAAGUAGCUGUACUGUCUUUCAUAUUUUUCUUUAGCUUAGUUUGAUUUACUCAAUGCCAUUCUUUUUGAUAACAUAGAAUUUUAAAAUGUCUGCUUUUCAUGAAACCUAGAAAACAAUUUUCCCAGAGCUGCCUAUUCAGAAAAGAAAACCCUCACUGUCAUAAUUCUUAAAAAGAUGAAAUUACUCUGGAGGUUUGGUAUUUUUUUACAUUAAAAUGAACUAAAGCAAAAUUUAGAAGAAAGAACUACACACAUGUAAAUACCAUAUUUUUGAUAAAAAUGUGUAAAUAGAUUUAUCAAUGACAAGUGGACAUGUGGCCAAUUAUCUACUGCACACCAACUGUUUAUAGAACAUAACAGAUAAAGUGUAAUAAUUGUAUUCUGUGAAUACCAUUUUCAUAUUAAUUACCAUAUUUAAAUGUCCACCAAUAUGAUUUCUGCGUGAUAAACCUCAUAUAUGAAUUUUAAACUAGUGAAAUAAAGGAAAUCUUGAGGUCAUAUACUGAAAUGUGAUUAAGUUAAAAUAAGGAAUUCAGACCUAACUAUUUUUGUGACAAAUUGCAGCACCAAACAAGCUAAUAGUAAUUAUCAUGUGGCUAUGAUUUGCCAUAUGGUAAUUUGGACAGAAUGAAAAGCAUGCUUUCGAUUUUUUUAAUCAAUGAGAGAAAUAAUCAUUCUCAAUACAAAACCCUGAACAACAACAUUUGACAGUGUCCUUUAAACUUUAAUUUUUCAAUGAAUUGCUUUAAAGAGAAUGAGCAGGGAAAACUAGUUAAUUUUAGAUUAUGUUUUAUAUUAGGCUCCCAGAGACAUAAAAAGUCAUAAUCUAAUGACUAUAAUUUUAAAACUCCUUAAACAGUCUAGAAAUUAGUUCCAGGUUCUUUAACUAACAAAAAUAAAACAUAAGCAUGCUACAGAGUUGUUGAUUUAUCAGUAAAUACCUGCAAUGAGUUUUCAGUGAAGCUUCUCUCUGUGCUGAUGAAAUUUGUGCUACCUAAAAAUUAACAGAAAUGACACUGUGAACAAUGUAGUUGGGAAAUAGGUAUGUGUAUAUGCAUUAUUUAUAUUCACUGUUAAGCUGGGAAUGGGGGACAGCUCUGGUUCACAAUGCUACAUACACCUGAGUUUUUGUCUGAUUUUACUAUAUCUGC